CAUGAUGAAGGUGGGAGGAGUCACCAUGGUUCCUUCUCAGCUCGUCUUUAAUGUAAAGACAUGAACCAGACAAUGGAGAAGCUUGGUGUUCUUAAGUUUGAAGUUGUUCAACUGGCUGAAACCAAAACAUUUGAGAAAUUGUAUCAUUCUGCUUAGUUCAAAUGCAAGGAUAUAAGCUGAAGAACAAGAUUUUACCUGAGUACUAUGAUUUUCCAGAUGAAGAGAUUAAAUGGGCAAAUAUAUACGAAAUUUCUCCUUAUGGUAGAAAGUCAAAGAAUAUUAAAAAACAACUGAUGGUUCGACCUCAAUAUCCUCAAAUAUAUCACAAAAAUGAAAUGCCACCCGUGAAUUCAAUUUUAGAAGUAUGUGUUAUCAUUGAUGGUGUAUGGAAGAGUGGGGAUUUGGUAGAUUGGUUUGAAGAUGAUUGUUAUUGGUCGGCAAGUAUUAUCAAAAUAUUGAGUGAUGAAAGGGUUAAGAUAGAAUUGCCAAAGCCUCCAGCUGGACAAGGGAAGGUUUAUGUAGCAUUUUGUACGGAUCUACACCCUUCCUUAGAUUGGUCUCCAAGCAUGUAUAUUGAGAAGGAGGAAAUUGCUACGCCUCUAAAUGCAUCUUCAACAUCCCGUACAUCAGUAAUUUCAUUAGAGGAUCCACUAGAGGAAUUACUGAAUAGUCAAGAAGUGAAAAUAGAUGGUGAUGAUGUGGAAAAGGUGAGUUCUUCAAAUAGUAUUUCAACUAUGCAUGUGGAAGAAAGUGAAAAAGAAGAUGAUACUUGGAAAGAUGUAGAUUACAACAUUAUAGAUUUAAAUAUCAUGCAUCAAAAAGACAUUAGAAGCAUAAAUUCUUGACCUUGAAGAACUUGCUAAUAGAAUAAAAUGGCUUAGGGCUACUUUGGAUAACAAUCAAUCAAGGUCAGGAUCUUGGAUGUUUGUAGACAACAUUCAUCAACCAAAGUAACUUGAUACAAUAGUUGAUUGUAAAUAAUAGUUUUACUUUUGUUUUUGUGGAAUUGUUUUGAUGGAAAUGCCUAUAUGAUUAGUAAAUUAGAUGCAUUGAUCAAAUUAUGAUAUUUUUCAUUUUACAAGAUUGGCUUGGGAUUUAAAGGAUUUUUAUCAAAGUGAAAUAGUUAAAGGGAUAACUUUACUUUGAAAACAUUUGUAAUAAGAAGCAUGGUUAAAAAAAAUGGUUACUUAUUUCAUUUUUACAAAGA